GUUCUUUACCUCAGAUCCAGACCACCUUAUCGUGCACAGACUACCAGGAUGCCUCGGAGGCUUCACAAAGCUAAACAAACCUGUUAAACUAGUGGUAGCGCUGGCACAGCAUCGUCCAGAAACCCCUGAGCUGCGGUACUUGCCUCUGUACAUCUCUUUACACAGCUCGUCACCGGUAGGUAAGCCAAAAAAGAAAAAAAAAGAAAAAGAAAAGACAAGAAAAUCAUUGGAUAUACGAGAGAAGAGACCCGUUCAUUUUGGCAAUCUGCGUGAGAAGAUUAAUUGAGGGGGGGGGAAGAAAGCUCCUGCCCUCUUCACAGCGGCCAGCUUUAGAAGUGAGAAGAGACGGGACCUCUGCGCUUGGAGGAAUCGCUCCUGUGCCGGCAGCAGUGUGCGGAUUGCAGACACAGACUUAGCAGACGCACUGAAGGGGCAGAGGGAAGACAGGAAGGUGGAGGAUAUUUUACGCACAACAGGGCCAAGCAACCCCAAUUUAAAGAAGCCGGGAGUCUGCUACUCCGAGUAGAACUCGGUGUUCGGUCGGAUUUGCACUUGACUGAGUCCAUAGACACAAUUAGACUCUAUGUGGUCGGCCGGCAUGGAUUCCUUCAUUAUAGCGGCGCUGGCAGUGUGCUCUCUAACGGCACCAGCUUAUGGGGAAAAAGGGACGAGCAAAGCCCGGAGUUGUUCUGAUAUCAAGGUGUUUUACAAAGGAAAGGGGUUCCUUGUGGAAGAUGUCCCUCAGUUUGAAAUAUCAGGCGAGCACCUGCGCAUCUGUCCUCAGGGUUACACCUGCUGUACCAGUAACGUGGAGGACAAACUGGCCUCGCAGAGCCGCACCGAAGUGGAGAACGUAAUCAAAGAUGCCGGGCGCUCCUUACAGAUCUCGCUUACCGGACAGUACAAAAUCUUCGAUGGUCACUUUCUAGAUUUGCUGAACCGCUCUGAAUUGAACCUACAAGAGACUUUCACUUCAACUUGGGGCUCUCUAUACAACAAGAAUUCGGAUGUUUUCUCCGAGUUAUACACAGAAUUGAAGAAGUACUACCGAGGAGCCAACAUCAACCUGGAAGAAACACUUAAUGACUUCUGGAUCAGGCUCCUGGAGAAGCUCUUUUUCCAGGCAAACGGGCAAUAUGUCAUAGGUGAGGACUACCUGGAGUGUGUGUCUAAGCAGAUAGACACACUGCGGCCUUUUGGAGACACACCCCGUCAAAUGAAGAUGAAAGUCACGCGCACGCUUGUGGCUGCACGUUCGUUUGUUCAGGGCCUGGUGACUGCGGGCGAAGCCGUACGCAGAGUAUCCCAGGUGCCAAUGAGCCAGGAGUGCAUGCGAGCCAUAAUGAAGAUGACUUACUGUCCCCACUGCCGUGGGAUGCCGUCUGCUAGACCUUGUCUGAACUACUGCACCAACGUCAUGAAGGGCUGUCUGGCCAACCAGGCUGACCUCGACACAGAGUGGAGGCACCUAGCAGAUACAAUGAUCCAGGUGGCUGACCGUUUAGAUGACCCUGCUGGUGUGGAAAGUGUGAUCCUCUCCCUUCCCAGUUACAUAUCAGAAGCUAUGAAUACCAUGAUGGAGAAUAUAGCCAGCAUCAACAGCAAGCUUUUCCAGACAUGUGGCAAACCCAAGGAAGCAGGAACCACCAGCACAGAUGAUGAAAUCAUGAAGCGAGGGACGUUUACAGUGGAGGACAGGUUGGAAGCCAGCUCUGACAAAAUCGAAAAAUUGGUGUCUGAUGUAAGAAUAAUACUGGGGGACAAUAGGCCAUACUGGACUUCUCUCCCAAAUCUCAUCUGCAGUGACAGAGUGGCCACUGGAUUAGGGUCCGAAGACAAGUGUUGGAAUGGCAACAACCGUGCCAGGUACCUUCCUGAGUUAAUGAAUGACGGCUUAGCCAGUCAGAUCAACAACCCUGAAGUGGAAAUUGACAUCACCAAACCAGACAUGACAAUACGCCAACAAAUAAUGCAGCUGAAGAUUAUGACUCACCGCCUGAAGAAUGCUCUAAAUGGCCAGGAUGUGGAAUUUCAGGACACCAGUGAUGACGCCAGCGGCUCAGGAAGCGGGUGCGCGGAUGACAUGUGUUCCCGGGAUACACACCUUGUUCUCCCCAUCACUGACCGACCUGUGGCCAUUCCCUACCCUCCAGAAAACGAGAGGGUGAAAGGCUCAGCCAUGCAGAACCUUCCCUCCAUCAGCAUUUACCUGCUUACACUGCUCAUUUUGCUGCUCCGGCGAUAAUUGACGAGGUGGAAUCUGCCAACUGGGACUGAGACUGGGGCACCGGGGGUUGGGGAGAGUUGAAAAGGGGAGGGAGGAGAAGUUGGGGGUUAGUUAGCUUGCCAAAACUAAAGAAAUCUAAAGAAACAACAACAAUAAAUCACAUGGAUGGACUUCCUUUUGGUGUUGGAUUGGAGCAAAAUGGAAAUAUGAGUACUCAUAAACGUUUUUGUUUUUUUUGUUCUGCUCUCAUCUUUUAUUCUUCCUAUACUAUGACACCUUUAGAGCUGGUCUUUUUUUUUCUUUUUUUUUUUGCAUCUUCUAAUGUUUUGUUUUUGGUGUUUGGUUUUCUCUGAGGUUAUAUCUGCUCCUAAAGCGUGUGCGAGACUGUAUUGCUAACAGUAUGUUGGUGUUGACACCAUAGGGAGAGGGAGAGUCGAGCUUUUUGCAGUGGCACCCAGAUACUACGUGUCGGUAUUCCACUUGUGACCGUGGGAAUUGUUUAUUUAUGAUUAUAUUUGUCCCAAAAUGAUUUAAUCACAUUUAGAUAUUUAUAGGAAAAGAAAAAAAUAUCUGCUGACUUUAAAAGGAGAAUUAUCUGGACAGCAUGACCCAUCAAACCUCUUAAUGCAUUAAGCCUCACAGUAUCAUUACUUGUAUGCACUCGCUCACACAGUGAGGUUGAGAGCACUUAGCGUCAGCACUUUUGCCAUUUCAUCAUGUAAUCUGUAAUAAUAGCCGUGAUCACAGUCACACUGGCACGAUCGCCCGGUGUAGGAGUAACACGGUCUGUCCUCUACUCCAUCCAUCCACUUAUUCCUACACUCCCCAUCCCACCCUCCUCCCCCGGCCCCACCAAGAUUGUCUCCCUCCCUCCCUCUCUCCAGAACCUGCUGGCAGUGUAGCAUCAACUCAACAUUCUGGUUUAAGCAAAGCACGUGCUCGGCUGGGACAGGUCUCAGAUGGAAGCAGCUUUUCGCUAUAGAGUGUGCUACGUGGAAAGGAGGUGUCGCGUUAAGAUGACCCCUGUGACAAAGGAUUGAAUGAAAUGAUCUUGGAGUCUUGUAGCACAGCAGAAAUGCACACAAAAGCAGAGGCUCCGCUGUCCUGCUGCACUUCUUUUAGUAUUCCUUUUACAUUCACAGGAGAGCAAAAAUAUAAUAUGCAUA